CUCGCGGGGGGCGGGUCCCGCUCGGGUCCGCGCCCGGAUCGCGAUGGCGGCGGCGGCGGCAGGAGCCGGGGCCGGGACAACCGGGGGAGGCGGGGAGCGGAGCAGCACCCGGGACCGGCUGCUGGCGGCGCUGGAGGAUCUCGAGCUCUUGGCCAGGGAACUAAUUGAAAUUUUGGCAAUUUCAAGAAACCAAAAGCUUCCACAACCAGGAGAGGAGAGCCAGAUCCUGGAACUGCUGAUUCAGAGAGAUGGAGAGUUUCAAGAGCUAAUGAAGUUGGCAGUUGAUCAGGGAAAAAUCCAUCAUGAAAUGCAGCUUUUAGAAAAGGUAGUAGAAAAGCGGGAUAAUGAUAUUCAGCAGCUGCAGAAACAGCUAAAAGAAGCAGAGCACAUACUGGCAACAGCUGUUUAUCAAGCAAAGGAAAAACUGAAAUCAAUUGAAAAAGCACGGAAAGGUGCCAUUUCCUCUGAAGAAAUAAUUAAAUAUGCCCAUAGGAUCAGUGCUAGCAAUGCUGUGUGUGCCCCUCUGACAUGGGUACCAGGGGACCCGCGUAGGCCAUAUCCUACAGAUCUGGAAAUGAGAAGUGGUCUCUUGGGUCAGAUGAACAACCCGUCCACCAAUGGAGUCAAUGGACACUUACCAGGGGACGCACUUGCAGCAGGCAGACUGCCAGAUGUGCUUGCACCUCAGUAUCCUUGGCAGUCAAGUGAUAUGUCAAUGAACAUGCUACCUCCUAAUCAUAGUAAUGACUUCAUGCUGGAGCCUCCAGGACACAAUAAAGAGAAUGAAGAUGAUGUAGAAGUUAUGUCAACAGACUCCUCAAGCAGCAGCAGUGACUCAGACUAGGUACAAGGGGGUAUCCCUAGUAGGCCUUUCCUGUGGCGAAGGUAGGUUAGAUGAUGUUUGUCACAAACUGCAAUACCCUUUUGUUACACCAGCAGCCCUGUGUAGAGAGAAGAUAACAGCUGGCUCAGAGAUAGGGUGACUAAUUUAAAACCAUGGACUAUAGCCUCGGUUUUUUUCCUAUUAGAUGUUCUAGGAGCUGGGAGAAAUGUCUGGGAGCUGUCUGCUGGGAGAGAGAUGUCAGAUUUUCAGUGAUUGUGUAAAUGUAUGUUUGCAAGAGAUGUGUAAAUAUAUAUUUAUAUAUAUGUAUUUACUAUACAUUAGAUGACAUAAGUUCCUGGGAAAAAAGGUGUAAGGGGAAUCCCCUUGUAUGUUUGUUAGUAACUUUACUCUUUUGAUGAUAGCCUUUUCUAUGCCACAGAAAUGAAACAUGAAGUUUGUAAUUUUAGUAUCUUUUUUUGUUACUGCCUAAAUCCAUGUUCUUGGUCAUCUGUGUAUCAAGAACAAAAAUAUGGCAAUAAGGUGUAAUAAAAGAGUUUGUAAUUAUUGUAAUAUAUAAUGAAUGAUUUGUCAUAAAUAAACUCAGCUUUGAUCUAACUUCAGUUUUUCAAACUUGAAUCUUAGAUGAGUUGCCAUGUAACUUCAGUACUCAGCACAUUUUAUCCCAGUAUGUGGUUGAAUUCUGAUUGCGUUUCAGAAGUUUGUACUCCACUUUUCCCUAUGCAAAAUGCCCAGUAAGCAUUAGAAGCAGCUGAGGAGGAGUCAGAAGUGGAUGCAUCCUAAUGCACUCCUUUACAGGUGAGCCCUUCCAGGUACACACAGUGCUGGGCAGACUCUGAGGCAGCAAGUGCCCACCCACAAGACUGCCCCAGAUAUUUGGUUAAGUGUCCUGGGACCCUGGAGGUGACACACUUUGGGGCAUACUGCAGGUUUAGUUCCUUUCAGAUCAAAGUGCUCAAGGAUUUUUUUGUUCUUGUCAUCUAUAAUUUUUUCAAUCCUUUGAACCUUCUAAUUUGUUUACUUUGGCAGUUGCAUUUCCUGCAUCAGAUGCAAUUUUAUUUUGUCUUUCCAAAGGCACUUCCCUUGGCUUUCCUCUCCUGUUUUGCUUAAGGACUCAUUUUAUGACAGCUGCUUUUCUCUUACAUAAUCCUCUGAUAAAAUUUCAAAACUCUUGUGAACUGUUGCUCCUGGCAGUUACAGGUUUCUGUCCUGCAGCACAGAUCACAAUUCUCUUCCUUUUUCCAUUUUGUAGAUUCCUCACAGGAAGAAUCUGAUGAAUCAGGUAAUUCCUCCUUUGCUCAAGUAAUCUUUCAAACAUUGCUGCCAGUUAUGCUGCCACCUGUGACUGACACGCACAAAUCCCGUAAGGAUGUAGAAGGGAGAAGGACUUCAGUCACAUUCAUUCACAUAACAUGGAGCAGUGGGUUUUGUUUUCAGAGAAAUGGGGAAUUUGGUUUUGUCUCAGCUGUUUCCUUUAGAAGUAUUUUCAGAGUUAUUAAACUGUCUCCUCUUUCAGAGUCUAAAGUUAUUAAUCUACAUACAUAUUGUAACUGUUAUUCAAUAUCAUUGUUUCCUCUUGGGUGCUUAUCUCCAAUGUCUUUAAUUCACAUUAAUCCAAAUACAUGUGCCCUGUCUCAGUCAUCCUAGUUAACCUUGCCUACCCCUUUUCUAGCUCACGUUAGUUUUUGUCUUAAAACAUGUAUGAUCAGACUUGUACAAAAUAUUGCAAAAUGGAGUUUCUUAAUGCUUUGUAUAAUGGGAUUGGUAUUUUCUUUCUAAAUGGCCCUCUCUAAACACAUCACAUAGACAAAGUUUACCAGUCUCUUUUAUCUUCUAACUUACAAGGACAUUCUUGAAACAAAAUACAAAAAUAUAUAAUUAAUAUUCAUGGGAAGUGUAGUGUUACAGUCUACCCAAAACUCUUCUAUGGCUCUAUCAUGUAAUUCACCAGCUGAAAUACUGUGUAGGUGGGUGAUUGUUUCCAGACAUAAGAGGGCACUCAAGCAAUGAUCACUUCUUUUUCUGUUAGUUUUCUUGUUAGGUACUCUAUUAAAGGAUUAAAUGGGACCAGUGUAUUACAUCUAAGAAAUAGGUAAGGCAACAGCUCUGCCCACUGUUCACUUAGCAUAAAAUCAAACUUUAGGUAUUAGAUGCAUCCUAAUCAGUUUCCUUGCAUCAGUGCUCCAAACUGUGUACAGUUCAGGAGUAUGUUUCUCAAUGCUGACUAACUAUAAUGCCAUUUUAGGUGAGUUCUCUCAGUUACAAGCAGUUUAGUGAACCAUGAUAUGGUAACCAAGUGUUCUGUUAUGCAGUGGCUUAGAUAUGUACACAAUUGAUUUUCCCAUUUAGCAGAA